AUGACUACUCCAAGCUUGCAAAAUAUUGGACCAAAACCGAAUCCGCAGAGAUUAGUACUUGUUCCUGUGCAAGUAAGUCCCAACACAACGUUCAUUCCAUCGACACAUCUUCCAAGGUUGAUCGUUAGAAGUGAAUCGAGUCCGGUUGUCGGCUCAUCACAAUGGCACUCUCCAUCACCGGCACCAUCAUUUCAAAGCAAUAAAUCGCCCCAUGGAUUGAGCGGUCUCAUAAAACAAAGUUCAGCUUCCAACUGCGCUUCAAACUCAUAUUUCUUCUCACCGUCAGCAUCAUCUUCAACUUCUGCAUCACCUUUUAUUCAGCCGAUGUCCCCGAUGCAAUGGAAUCAACAAUCGUCAAGCAAUCAGAAAUUCUCGAUCGCUCCACCAAAACCUCCCCCCUUGCCACCGCAAUCUUUCUCAACCAUUCCUCAACAACAGCCGAUUGUCCAUCGAGUUCAAUUGGCUCCUCCAUCUCCAAAAUAUAGGAGCUUGGAUACAACGGCUUGUAUCACCUCGUUGACUGGUUCGGGAUCCUCUUCCCUCUCGUCAACAACCCAAUCCUUUCAAGGAUCGGGUUUUCCUUCAUCGUCGUUCAUUUCAUUGGGUUCUCCCCGUGUGGCUGCUUCGAUUCGCCACCGAAGGGACGUGUUGAGAAAGAAAAUCGAACAGCGACCUUCACGACAAAAUCUUGUCACUCAACAUAUCCUACUCACUGCUUCUCGUGCUGAUCCGCUUAUUCAACAACGAGCGGCUUCAUUGCGAAAGUGUGGCAUUGUCUCAAAUCUAAAUCGAAAACUUCGGCAAAGACCAGGACCACUCGAAUUGAUUACCCGAAAGAUUUUGAGAGCCGAUGCUGAAUUGGAACAAGCUAUACAAGAAGGUCGUCUUCUCUUCAAGCCCACUUCAGCUGAAGAAGACGAACUUGUCUCCUCCACUAUAGAAGCCGAGUUCAAUCCUAUCAAUCCAGAUAUGGAAGUUGUUUCCGUUUCAACUCCAAAAGAAGAAAUCAUUCCCUCUCCAAGUUUUCCAAAAAUAGCCGUCCUGAAGAGCAAAAAGAAGGCAACUCCUUAUCAAAGUCCAACCGAGAAUGUCAUGAAAGCAAAGAAUCGAUCUUCAAACGUAAAAGAGCAUGAGAGUCUAGUUCAAGGUGACAACGAUGGAACCACAAAUAAUUAUCAAAUCUUGUUGAAGCAGCAGCAAAUCUUUCUGGAUUGGCAGCCGGAAAUUGAGGAAACAAAUAAUGAUCCCCAAACGAUCCUGGGACAUAAAGGAGAGCAGUCUCCGCUCAGCAACAAUCUCAACUCAGAAGGGGUGAACGCCAUUGAGACCGCCAUUCAUCAGGCAAGAGAGGCCCUUCCACUCAACCAGACAAUCCUCAUUCAGGAAGCAUCAGAAACUGGGAACGCAGUUGAGCCGGCAGUUAGUGCAGCAACAUCGACCACAAAUCCCGGAUUUCUCAUUUUCCCACCGAGAAGUCUGAAUGAUUUGAGAGUUCAAGAUUUGAAGAACGAAUGCAAGAAAAGAGCACUGCCUGUAUCAGGGGCAAAACCUCAAUUGGUUGAAAGGUUGCGCGUUCACGAGCAAGUAAUUCUGUCAUCAAUUGUGAAUGCAAUAGAAGGAGGACCAUCAACUCCUCCCGUUUCACCAACUGAUGAUCAGAAUAUGACAACAGCUCCUCAUACCCCAAUGCCGCCAGGUCCCCCAGUUGUGCGGGAACAAACACGAGAAACAAUUCAUGACUUCUUGCAACAGAAUGCCGCCAAGAUUCGAUCAGCCAACGCUAGUGCGGCACAGACUCAGCCGCAAUCGCAAAUUGUGAUGACAAUUCCAAAUCAAAAGAUUUCUCAACCCAAUCUGCCAAUCACUCAACCACAACAGUUUGUUAAGUUAGUUGAUCAAAAUGGAACAGUGCUCGGAAUGGCAACAGUGAUGAAUGGAGGAGGUCCGAUGAAUUUAGUUGGCCCUGGUUCUUUCUUGAAGCAAGGAUCACAAACAAUGACUUAUGACAUUUCAAACGGAACGAGUAGACCGACAAAUCUUGUUGGUUCAAUGAUUCACAAGCCUCAGACAACAAUUGUGACAUCACUUCCAAAUUCAAACGGGUUGAGUCUCAACACUGGAGAUCCGCCAACUUUUCGAUUUGCCCAAAUGGGAUCUGGGGGACAGUUCACUAUUGUGCAGCCAAGUGAUCAACAAGGUACGGGAACAGUCGAGACAGUCUCUUCAACAAAUCCACCUCCUCCUGCCACUCCCCAACAAAAUCUCCAAAUGGUUCCCGUCUCUAACAUUACUACACAGAUGCAACCACUUGGCAAUCAAUCAAUCAUGACUGGUAACAAUGGAAUUGUUUCAACAAUGACAAUGGUUGGUCAAAAUGGAGUACCAAUGCAAGUCGUUCAUAUUGCACAACCACAAGAGGUUGUGCAUUUUGAAGAUCAGCAGCAUAUGAGAGCAACGUUUCAAGCAGGAAAUGUCACCCAGUCAUCACAAGUGGUUCAGGUGGCAUAUGUUGAUGGAGAUGGAAUUGUGCGAAGAAUGUGCCCAAGUGGAAGUCCCGUUGUGGGAGAUGCGCCUGCAAGCUCUCCAAACAUGCCUCCACCAUCAGUGAAUCAUGAAGGAGCUCUCACUCCAAUUCCUCCACCAUCAGCUCUCUCUCAAUCACAAGCCACAAAUACGUCGCACACGAUAACUAUCGAUACAAAUGAUUCCUCUUCAUUAGCUACCACUCUACAAAUGCACGAAGAGAUGCUGAAAUUUCAACAGAAAAAGAUCGAGGAAAUGAGAGCUGAGCUAAUCCGUUCUCAACAACAGCUCAGAGCUCAACAAUCUCUUAUUAUGGUGGCAAAAAAGCAGCAAUUUGGUGAAGGAGGUCGGACAGCCAUGUCUGAUCAUUAUUUGGCUCAACUCAAAAAUGCUUACCGAAGCCAUAUGCAUCAAGUGAUGUUACAUAAAGAUCAAGAAGUACAAUUACAGCAACAUGUAUUGGAGCAAAACUCACUGGUGGCAGGAGAAGCCAAACUGCAAGAAGAACUUCAUGUUGAACAAGCCGUAAAUGAUAUUGUGAGACUCAUCAAACAAGAUGCCCGAACGGCUCUCCUGAUUGUGCAACUUUUAAGAAAAUAUCAACUUGAAAGACAGGCUGAAUUGACCCAACAACAGAAGGCUCAACAAGAAAAGCAAAAGAAAAAUGAAGAUUCGCCGAUUGGUGCACCACAAUCGGUUCAACCCCAACCGCUCAUCCCAUCACCCACCAAUCCGACUAAACGAAGCAAAUCAAAAGCUAAGACACAGAAUCCCGCUCCAGCUCCUGUGGAUAGAGCUCAUUCAGAAACACCGCAGCAAAUGAAUAAUAGUUCGUUGCUUGUCCCCGGAAAUCCUCUCAGCCUCACCCAACAGAGACGAGCAAGCAAUCCAGAGACUAUGAGAAACAAGGAAGAAGUGGUUGAGAUUCACACAAUUUCUGAUGAUGAAACAGUCCAUUCUGUGGUGAAACCUCCUGUCUCAUCAAAAUCAAAAGCAAAAUCGAAGAAAUCAAACAAUCAUCAAAAUGGAGAACACCCACGGCCAAAAACUCAAGUUGACAUGGAGGAAAUUUUCAAGACUGUAUUGAAAGAUGCAAGUCGAGCCAUUGGACAACAAAUAAGCGAUGAUUCUUUCAGUGAUGGAGCUGCAACAACUGCCUAUGGAUCUCCGAUCAACAUUUCCCAAGAAAACAUUGCUUUGGAUGUGGCGUGCAAUCUUUCCGUUCCACAAAUGAAUGCUGAAACGAUUGUUGGUGAAAGGAAUCAUGGAGUUGAUGCCCAAAAUUUCAUUAUGGUUCAUCAACCGUGCACAUCGGAUAUUCAAAUGGAUGAAUGCUCAAGAGAAGCCGAUACAUCUCUUCAUGGAGAUCGAAAUUUCCAGUCAGCAAUUCUACCCUUCCAUCCCUCACUGGAACACAAUGCACAAACGCCUCCAUGUUUUGCGAAAAACGAAGAUUUUGAUGACUUGAUGGAUGUGCUGAGGGAUGAUCAAGUACAAUCAAUCAGCUCAAAUCAAAUCAUGGACUUUGGUCUUGGAUAUGGACAAGAAGAAUUAGCAAAACUGAUUGGAGAUGAUUGGAUUGAAUCAGCCGAGAGAAGUCUUAGACAAGAGAAUCAGCAUCAUCAUGAUCAGUCAGCUCAAUCAUGCGCAGUGGAGUGUCUUGGAGAAUCUGGUCUCUUGGGUGGAAAUGGAGAAGACACAAAUAUGGAUUGGCUAGAUAUGAUGCUUCAAAACGCUCCAUUAGAUGAAGGGACAUUUGAUGGAUUAAGAACUCCAUCUUUUUAUCAAAGAAAUCAAAUGGAUGCUCCUUGU